AGACAUAGACAACAACCAACAACUAACACGCUUGCAGACCGUGUUGUUGCAUGAUUCGUCUCCUCAACCUCAAACAAUUAAAACCAUGGCAGCCAGGAUUCUUUUGAGAAGACAAUCAAUAAGUAGAAUGAUGAAUGCCUCGAGAUCGGCGAGGACAACAUCAACGAUAGGUAAUUUAAAUAAUAUUAAAGAUGAUGACAAUUGGAGAACAGAACUUCUGGCUACUAUGAGAAUAUUUCAAAAUUUUAUCAGUCCAGAAGAGGAAGAUUCGUUGUUUCGGGAAGUAGAGCCAUACAUGAAACGUCUGCGAUAUGAAUUUUCCCACUGGGAUGAUGCGAUUCAUGGUUACCGUGAGACUGAAAGGGCCAAAUGGAAUGAAGAUAAUUCUAAAAUAAUUGAACGUGUCAAAGCAAUGGCUUUUCCACCGGGUAUGCCUGAGCUGGGUCUAGUUCAUGUUUUGGACCUCGCUGCUGAGGGAAAAAUAAAACCUCAUGUUGACAGUGUUCGGUUCUGUGGAGAUAUUAUUGCUGGAAUCAGUUUGUUGAGUGACUGUGUGAUGAGAUUGACUCAAGUUGGUAAUGAAAAAAAAUUUCGCCAAGAUUUUUUCCUACCUCGAAGAUCACUUUAUAUAAUGAGUGGUGUUGCUAGACAUAAAUACAACCAUGAAGUAUUAGGACCAGAAGAUUCAAUUUUUAAUGAUAAAAAAAUUAACAAAACUAGAAGAAUAUCAAUUAUAUGUCGCAGUGCUCCAGAUCCACAAAAAAAUAAU